AUGGCGUUUCUGUAAUUUAUGACGCUCCUAGCAUAAAAGCCAGCUUCCACGGCUAGCUCCCUCCUUCCCUUCCCUUCCCUUCCCCUCAGUUCUGAGCUGACGAAUUAAGAGGGAGAGCGAGACCAGGCGCCGAUGGGAAACGUGGAAACGGCCCGUACGUCGUCGUCUCGCCGUGAAGUCGGACCGGGAAACCUCUCCAAGAGCAUCGGUUGCAUGUCCGGCGUCUUUCAUUUCCUUUCCAAUCACCACAACCGAUCUCGCAAGCGCAUCACCUCCGUUAAAAGGAAGGAGAGCCCUGCCGCGCAUCCUCUGACUCUGAGGCGAUUAACGACUUCGCCGCCGCCGGAGGCCGCUGUCGAGGACUCCAAGAAAAUGCGGCGCUCCAGCGAGACGCCACGGAUUCCAGUGAUCCCGCAAGAGAUCAGGCGGAAGAAGCCGCCGGCCGCGUCGCCGUACAGUCCCCACACCCCUCCGGCGCUGGUGGCGCGGCUGAUGGGUCUCGACGACUCGCCACCCCAGGGGGUGGCGGCGGGCAAGCGGCGGGAAUUGCUGCGCGCGUUGGAGAAGUGCGACGAGGACCUCCAGGCGCUCAGUCGGAUCAUCGAGGCGAUCCGCUCGGAGGAGAUCCGAGCCGAUACGGUCGUCUCCACCGCCGGGAAGACGGCCGAGCGGCUGCUCGAAAUCGAGACGAACUGCGGAGCCGCCAAGAACGAGUGUAACGGGGAGCAGCCGAGCCCCGUAUCGGUGCUGGACGCGUUGUCGUCGCCUCGGAAUCGGUCCCGGUCGAAACGUUCCCCGGACGAUAGCCAAGGAAGCCCUGCCGACGAAUGUAGUAGGAUCCUGAAGCCAUCCCGCAUAGCCGUUCUUUGUACGGACGACGAUAUCAAUACAAAUCAAAAGAAGGCGCACGAGGCCACACGACGCCGGAUAAUAAUGGAACCAAUGCCGAGUGGCGAUCAGGCCAGGGUGGAGGACUUGGGCGGUCUGCGGCCGUGGUGGCUAGCCAGGAGGAGGAGGAGGAGGAGCGCGAGCCGGGCGAUGGUGGAGAGCGUGGAAGAGGUGUGGGGGGAGGGGGUGGGGAAAGAGAGGUGGGAGUUGGGCCGGGUGGAGGCUUGGGUGGAGGCCCAGUUGCUGGGCGAGUUGGUGGAGGAGCUUGUCGUGGAGCUUCUCGGCUGGAACCGUAAGCUGUCGUCGCCUACUCGCAGGAAGAGGCUCCGCUUCUAAAAAAAAAAAAUGGAAUCGUCACAUCAGCGGCCCUCUAAAAUUAGUCCUACAAAUAUAGAGGAAAAUAAAUACAGGUACAUAGAAGAGACUCCGCUUCUAUAGUUGCAUGCACCCAAAUGAAUUGCUUGAGCACUUAUUGGAUGUGAAUAUUGCAGAAUGUAAUUUUUUUUUUAAUUGAUGAAAAUGGAUCUAUGAAUAAAAUUUCAAGUGAAAUAUUA